CAAAGGGAUUUCCGUGAGGGCUCGGCCAGUUGUUGCAGUCACGUGGUCUGGGGCCUUUUUCCUUAAAGCUCCAGGUCCAGCACAGGUUGCUUAUCAGCUUCCUCACUGUGGAGCUGCAGCCUUUGGAGAGAAACAAAGUUCCUGCAGGGUGAAAAGGAGGAUUUGAAGCAUUACCAGCCACAAUGUCAGACAGAAGCCCCUUCGAAACGGACAUGCUCACCCUGACCCGCUACGUCAUGGAAAAAGGGCGCCAGGCCAAAGGGACUGGGGAGCUCACGCAGCUGCUGAACUCCAUGCUCACGGCCAUCAAAGCCAUCUCCUCGGCCGUGCGCAAGGCAGGCCUGGCCAACCUGUAUGGAAUAGCGGGGAGCAUGAAUGUGACGGGAGAUGAGGUGAAGAAACUGGAUGUGUUGUCCAAUUCCCUGGUGAUCAACAUGCUGCAGUCCUCCUACAGCACCUGCAUCCUGGUCUCUGAAGAGAAUAAGGAAGCGAUCAUCACCUCCAAGGACAGGAGGGGGAAAUACGUGGUCUGCUUUGACCCACUGGAUGGAUCUUCCAACAUUGACUGCCUGGCCUCCAUCGGGACCAUAUUUGCCAUCUACAGAAAGACCACAGAGGACGAGCCUUCCGAGAAGGACGCCCUGCAGCCCGGUCGCGAGAUUGUGGCCGCCGGCUACGCGCUCUACGGCAGCGCCACCCUCGUGGCGCUCUCCACCGGGCAGGGAGUGGACCUCUUCAUGCUUGACCCGAUUGUGAUAGGAUCCACAACUGUCUUCGCCCCACAGUGGGGAAGCUGAGAGUGCCCAGGGGCCUGGGUGGGGGGCUCACCCCCAGCCCAGGAUCAACAAGGCCUUUCCAUCCCACAUUGAUGCAGAACGAGCUCUUCCAUUCAGCUGGGCUGGUGAAUACCAGUAAUGACAGGUGUGUAUCUGCCAUGCUCUUUGCUGAUAAGCAAGAGAGGAAACAACCCUGGCUCAAUUAAGUAAAAGAUGUGACUGCAUCGACAGAAGCUCUGAGGACCCAGGCUGGAAAUGGUCAGGUGUGGAGGACCAGGAAGCUGGAAGCACAGCAAUGGUCUGGAUGCCAUGCUGGUUGUAUGUCUCUUGCUCAGGUUUCAAACACCACGGAGGAGCAACUAACUGAUUUUCCAAGCUCAGAGGAGCUAGCAGAGGCCCAGGUUAGAGUUUCUGAGACUCACCUCCAAUGGGAAGAGUUAUCCUUCAAAGGAAGUUAGGGUGCUUUAGAGAAGUGGGAUUCAGUGUUGGGCUGCUCCAAAGCAGCAGAUGUGCACAGUAAGUUAUAAGAGCUUGUGUACCAAAGUCCACCGAGAAUAUGCCAUGAUAGAAAGAAGUGGGGCUUGCUGGGCGAGGG